AUGUCCUUCCCGUAUAAGCACUGUCUGGCUAUCGGCGCCACCUCCGGCAUUGGCCGGGCCCUGGCGUCAAGACUAAUUGAAGCCGGCAUAAAGGUCACAGUUGUCGGUCGGCGUCAAGAAAGACUAGACGAGUUUGUCAAUUCGCACGGGCAUGAAAAUGCCAAAGGCGUGGCGUUUGAUAUUGCUCGACUGGAAGAUAUCCCCCGAUUUGCCGCGGACGUCAUUGCCAAAUCCCCCGAUAUCGACUGUCUUUUUCUGAAUGCGGGAAUCCAGAACCCGUAUGAGCUUGACAGUGCACAGCAGUUCGACCUAGCCAGUUUCCACGAGGAAGUCAAGGUCAAUUUCUCCAGCUUCGUGUCUCUGGUGCAUGCCUUUUUGCCGUAUUUCAAGAAGAAUCCCAACCCUACAUCAUUUGUCUUCACCGGCUCAAACCUCGCCAUUAUCCCUGCAGCCUCUCUCCCUGCAUACUCGGCAUCAAAGGCAGCCCUAAACGCCUUCACACUCUGUCUACGAGAGCAGCUACGCCAUUCAAAAACGAAGGUUAUCGAGAUAUCUCCCCCUCCUGUGCAGACUGAACUACACGACUACAUGGGCGAAGAAGCCGGUCGUGGGAUGGGCAUGCCCCUUGACGCAUUCACGCAGCAAGCGUACGAAGGUCUAGUCGAAGGGAAAGACCAGAUUGUCAUUGGGAGUAUCGGAUCCGCUGAGACGUUCCAUGAGAUUAUUGAUAAGCGCCGCGCUGCGUUUGCGGAUUUGGCGAGGGUUAUUCGUGGUGGGAAGCCGUGA